CAAGCUGCGAAACUACCUCUUUUCCAUCCCCAUCCAAGAACAAGGGGACUGAAGGAGGAGGCAGGGAGGACGGGGGGAAACGGCGGACUACGUAGGACGCUGCUGUUGGCUGUAUUUCACAGCGUCACAUGUGAGUCACAGAUGGUGUUGGCAUCCUCAUCUUCACUUCUGCUCUGUCUGUGUGAAGAAGGAGCACUCACAUCAAACCACACAGACAGGAUUUCAGCUGGCUGUGGUUCUGCUCGACUGAGCCGGCUGAUAACAGUUGGUUUACCUCGGUAGCUGACUAAUGAGGCGUGGAGGGCUGUCCCUGCUAGUCUACACACACACACACACACACACGUUGCCCCACCACAAACCUCGCCCCCCUCGCCUCUGGUUCGUUAGCCUCUAUUUACUUCUGUGUUAAUCCUCUCCCCUUUCACAGCCCCCCUCCUGCCCUCCUCCCCUCCUCCCCGCUCUGUUGCACGCUCUCUCUCUUGCUCCUCCCCGCUCUUCCCUCAAAGCCAGCGGGCUUCCGUUCGGUCCAGACUGCUUGUUACAUGAUGUCCUGGAAUGCAACGCUCCCUCGCUACUCCAUGGCUUUUUGGGUUGUCCUUGUUUUGCAGUGCAGAGAGCGUGGAAGGAUGCCAGCGCCACGCUGAACCUACAUCGUCUGACCUCUCCUUCCCCUACCCCUCCUGUGAUCUUAACCUGUGUAUCCGUCCGUCUCCCUGACCUCCCCUCUCACCCCCUGCCGAGACCUCCUCACCCCCCUGUGUCCUGAUUAAUGCUGCCGCCCCCUCGACAAUGUUACCAUGCAUUAACUGGCUGCAGCCUUUCCUUGCCUUGAUCUCUUCCACCUUGCUUACGCGAGGCCACAACUGUCCAUCCAGCUGUUUGUGUCCAGACCACCACACUGUGGACUGCACCGGCCAAGGGCUAACCAGAGUCCCGGACUCCAUCCCUCUCGACGUUCGCCGUCUCCUGCUCUCCAACAACUUGAUUCCCUGGAUCCCCUCCGACUUCCUGGUCCUCUACAGCGAUCUGGUCUACCUGGACCUGAGGAAUAACUCCCUCUCCCAGCUGGAGCCAGGGACCCUGAGCACCUCUUCUAGAUUAGUCUUCUUGGACCUGGGGAGCAACAACCUGACGGAAAUCCCGUCCGGGACAUUUGGGGAGUCCAGGAGUCUGAUCAAACUGCGACUGGGGAACAACCCCUACCUAAACAUGGUAGGCAGGGACGCUUUCAUGGGGUUGACUUCUUUGAGGGAGCUGGAGCUGGAGAGGAAUGGUCUCACAGAGCUGGACAUCAGCGUCCUGGAAUCCCUGCCCUCCCUCCGGAUGCUGCGUCUGGAGGGCAACCCCUGGCUCUGCAACUGCCACUUUGCCAAACUAUUUGUAUGGCUGACAGAGAACCGCCACAAGCUCCCAAAGGGUAUGGAGGGGAUAGAGUGCUCCCUGCCUCUGGAUGGGCGUCGUGUUCCCCUCAGUUUACUCUCUGAAGACAGUUUCCGGGAGUGCCGUGGUAGCCUCACCCUCACCGACUACCUCAUCGUCAUCUUCUCCGGCAUCUCCGUCUCGGUGGCGGCCAUCGUGGCCAGCUUCUUCCUCGCCUCCACAGUCCACUGCUUCCAGCGCCUCAGCAAAGGCAGCAAAGGAGACGAGGAGGAAGGGAACGACUGAUGGGAGAAGGCAAAGGCGAAAUGGAUUAAAUAAAACGCAAGUGUUUCAUACAAAACUCUUGCCCAGAGGUCCUGUUGGUAUCCCAGAGAAGGCUCGCCAAAGAGCCAGGAGAGAUCGGUGGUGGGGACGGUGGAAAAGCCACACCAAGAAAGCUCCGAACACGUCAACUCCAAGAUCACACUGAACUGAGAAUCACAGACUGUUUUGGGAAACAUCAGAUAGGCUUGAAUCACUGUGAGCAGGUAUUGCAUUAACUGAAUGUAGCAAUUUCUACUACUGACAGUACAGUACUGACUGUAGAGACGCUGGUCAGUGCAGAAGAGCUGUAGCAUUUCUCAGCAAUUACUAGUUAGUGAAAAAUAUCUGCAGCUCUCCUCAUUAAGACGGGGACUGGGUAAAUGUAUUCUCAUCCAUUUAACAAAAAACACGCCGCUGCACCAGUCACAGUCCAAAGCAGCCGACGCAGCUGAGCUUUGCUGGGAAAGUAAUUGUAGAAAAUGGUUGACGUUUUAAGUCAGACGCUACCCAGAUAGCAGGGAACUACGAAGACCUGGUUUGUGUCGGGUCCUCUGGUUUUCUACUGAGGGGGUCCACUGGUACAGCUGGGGGAUAAGUGCCUUGCUCAACAGCAUCUUGGUUGUUGAAAGACCAGUUGUCAGGAUUUGAAAAUGAGCUUUCUGAAAUAUUCAUAUUAUUUAACACUUAGUUUUUAUUCUACAUGUUUUUAUUGUAUUUUAUUCCAGUAAUGCAACAAAUGCUUCAUUUUGCACCUCAACAUAUAAAACUGAACCUGGUAACUUUG